AGGACUUUUCUAUCAUUUUUCCAUCGUCUAUUUUUCGUUGUUAUUAACAUUAUUUUUUUGGAAAAUUGAGAAGUCAAUCGACAAGUCUGAGAUUAAAUCAAUAUUUUAAGAGAGGAAAAUCUUGUUUGCAAAUGGUCAAAUGAAAACUUGUCCGGCCUAUUGAAAAGAAACGUUAUUUUUGCUGUAAUAAAAUGAAGGAAGAAAUUUAUUCUCAAACUUUGGAAAUUCAAGAUAUGUCACCUUCGGAAAUUUUGAAACUGGAAAAAAGCGCAAGUAACAAUAAAAGUGAAAAUAAUGAUGAGUGGGAAGAAAUUAAAAAUCAAAAAGCAGCAAUGAAAUUGGAAAAUAAUAAUAAUGAUCUUCAGAAUGAAAUUGUAACAAUAUGGAAAAAUGAUUAUAACAAAUCUGCUGAAAAUAAUAAUAAUAAUAAUAUUAAUGACUUGAGGGACCAGGAAAUAUAUUUAGUAAAUAAACUAAAAACUCUUAGUUAUCCAGAUAAUUCUGAACUAUUUGGUGACAAGAAAAAAAUUGAAUUCUUAGCUAAUUAUCUUAAAUUAGAAGAAGAAGGUUGUAAAAAUGGAUUUAAAAUUUUGCCGGACGAUGUGCUGAACAUAAUUAUUGCAACCAGUCUCGAAGGUGAUUGUGGAAGAUCACCCGAUGAAAGACCGGAUUGGCUCGAUUUGGAGAAAUUUAAACGGGGUCAAAAAUUUGCAGUGGACAAUGCAUUUGGAAUAUCGUAUUCGCAACUAUUGUCACUUUUUAUUUUAUUUUCCUUUGAAGAUGGACUUAAACCUUUGGUUGUUACUGGAAAGUCCAGUACGCCUUACACAGCUUUUAAGAGAUACAUUUCAACUGGACGACGAGUGAGGAAUUGGUACAUGGACGAUCCUUGGAAAAAGGGUACAGCAGCUUACAAUGACAUUCAAACAGUACGAAGGAUGCACGAGGCUGUGAGAAAGAAAUUAGCGUCUAUUGAUAACGAAACAAUAGAUAAAGAAGCUAAAAUUAAAAAUCCAUUUUGUCCAACGAGAAGUAUUCUCAUAGAAGAUUUUCAAUCGGCUUGCGCUGCACCAAGUUUAGGACAAUGUCCUUAUACGCUUUACAAAAAUCCGGAAUUAUUUUCUUUUCGGCCUAAAGGACUCAAUCAAGGGGACAUGAUUGCAACGCAAUUUGGAUUUAUGGGCUUGAUAAUUUUAUAUCCCUCGAAAUUUGGAAUUUACAAUGCGACCGAUGAGAAUUUAGAGGCAUUUUGUCACACUUGGCGGGGCAUUGGAUAUCUUCUGGGAAUAGACGACGAAUUUAAUUUUUGUCGAGGAACAUUGGAUGAAGUGAAGCAACGUUGUAGACAUUUUCUGGAGUAUUGGGCAAAACCGAAUUUUCGUGAAUUAACUCCGGAAUGUGAGCACAUGAUGAGAUGUAUAAUUGAGAGUUUGAAGUAUUAUGUACCUGGUGGUUGUUACGAGACAUGCGUUUUAUAUUUGUCGGAAAUGCUGAAUAUACAAAUGCCCAGAUUGUAUUCAACAUUAACGUAUAAGAUGUGGUUUAGAUAUCACUUUUCUAAGAUUCUUUAUCAAUAUACAUGUCAAGUGCCUGGAGUAUUAUGGUUAUUAAACAAAGGAGUAAAUAAUGCACUGGACAAAGCUUUGAAUUAUAGUGCAGAGAAACAUGAGGAAUUAAAAAUAAGGUCUGAGGAAACGUUGAAAAAAUACACCUAAUUUACCUGCUACCUGCAUAGAAUUAAAAUAUUUUCUAUCGUCAGAUAUUUUUAAUACAGUAAAAUAAUGAGCACAAUAAGGGGGAAUAUUAAAAAUAUACACAAUUUUAGAAAUGCUUGACAACUGUAUAUAAUAUUAUAUUUUUAAGAACAAGUGUUAGUGCAA